AUGAGUCACACAAAAAAUUGUUUCACCAGAUUGAGUUGUCGAAAUUGCGAAGAGCAACAUCAUACCUUUUUAUGCCCGAAAACUGCAAAAUUCAAAGCCAGCAACAGCAAUGCAAUCCCUCUGGAGAGAUCAACUCCAUCAUUUACUCCAAUCACGCCAGCGGCGCCACAAAUCGCAAAAACCAAAAAUGCACAGCUUUCUCAAUCAGCAGCGCCUUUUACUAUGGGCAGCGGACCACACAUAACCUUGUCCACAAUAUCGUCUGAAGAAUCAAUAACCUCUUUGAGCAAUCAACUCCUUGUUAGCCCCUUUACCGCGCUCGGAUAUCCAACCCUUGUCACGUCUCACUGUCUAUUUGACACAGGAGCAAACAAGAAUUUCAUCACGGAUCAGUUGGCUACUCUUCUGAGUCUGCCCUCGAUAAGCGAGGUAAUGGUCGAUAACAUAUCUUUUGGAGGAACUUCUCCUCGAAAAAUUCGAUGUAAAAAAUACAACGUUGUUCUCAAAUUGGCGUCGGGGAAUACCAUGUCCGUUGAAUGCCUCUCAAUGCCAGAGAUCACAGGCAAAAUUCCGAAGUCUUCCCUCCAUCCUUCCUCAUUGGCUUUCGAGGAUGAGUCAAGUUCUAUCCAGAUUCAUCUACUACUCGGAAAUUGUACCGUUUGGUCUCUCAUUUCGGGCCCUUCGUUUUCGGACUCCAAGGGCGAUCGGUUCAUUCCCACCCUUCUGGGAAACCUCGCAAUUCCUCAAAUGCCUAUCGAAAAUCGCGUCCACUCUCUCUCUUCGAUUUCUUCUAACGCGCAAAAAGAUGAGGACCCCUCUCAAUCGUUUCGGCAACUUAUUCGUUAUGACACCAAAGCUCAAAAGUACUUUGUGUCACUUCCGUGGAAGACUUGCACUCCACAUCUCGGUGACGACCACUUUUGGCUGGCAUUCGGUCGUCUGAAAAGUCUACAUCAGACACUUCGAGUAGAAGGAUUUUUAGAUGAUUUCGACGAAAGCAUUUCCGAAUUAUUACGAAAACAAUACGUCGAAUUGUGUACAAAAUUUCGACCUAAGGAUAUCACCACCCCUCUAAGAUACUUGCCUUUACAGGCGGUACACCGCCCAAACAAAAAACUCCGAGUAGUUUACGACGGAGCGGCCAGAACAAAGGCAUCCAAAGCUAUUAAUGAAUUUCUUGACACAGGGUAUAAUGACCUUCCCACAAUUCCCACCGUCUUAACUCGUAUCCGAUGCCUCAAGCACUUUCUUAUCGCGGACGUGUCCGCAGCUUUCAACCAAGUUGGGAUCGAGGAAGAAGACAGAGAUGCUCUUCGGAUCUUGUGGUUAAAAGACAAAGAAAAAGAUGUUAGCCAAUCAAACUUGUCAAUCCUUCGGUUCAAAGUUCUACCAUUCGGCCUAACCUGUGCCCCAGGGAUCUUAUCCGCGGUUCUCCACAAACAUUUGGAAAAUUUCGGAGAGUUAGGCAAAGAAGUCGAACAAACCCUGUACGUCGAUAAUUUUGCUAUUUCUUGCUCAGCCGAGUCAUUUGAAGACAAGUUCAACGCAAUCUCCGACAUCUUUCGAGCAGCCAACAUGAAGCUUCAUGAUUUCAACAGCAACUCCGAUGCGAUUCGUGCUCAACUUAAUUCAAGAGGUCAUGAGACCCCCAUCAUUACGAAAAUUUUGGGCGUUCAUGCUGAUUUGAGAGCCGAUUUGUUUUUCGUAGUCUUCCCUGAAAUUGAGGAAGGCAUGGUCCCAACUAAGCGCACAGUGCUUCAAAAGCUGUCCAGCGUUUUUAACCCGCUGGGCAUGGCCGAACCAGUCCUCUUGCUUGCGCGCCUGUUAAUUCAAGAGAUUUGGAAACACAAGAUUCAUUGGGAUGAAUCACUUCCACAUCCGCUGGCGUCAAAAUGGUAUCAUAUUUGCGCUGACUGGAAUUCCAUAUCCUUGCCCUUCAGUCGUUAUUUUGAUUUGAGUGGCGCUCAAUCGAUCGAGGCACACGUAUUUGUAGACGCAUCCUCGGUGGGACGAGGCACAGUGGCCUAUUUAAGGGUCGCACAUCUGGAUCGCGUCGCUGUACAUUUCUUCUCCGCGAAGAGCAGGUUGAUCCCAACAAAAUCAGUCAUCUCUAUUCCCAAAUUAGAGUUUGCGGAACUGGUCCUUGGAGCAGAAACUUUAAUGACAAUAAGGAAAAGCAUGACAAUACAACCAGAUGGGCUUUAUCUGUGGAGCGAUAGCAAGGUAGCAAUAGCGUGGGCAAAAAGAGAUUCAACGAAAGGAAUGGAACUUUACGUUUCUAAUCGCUGGAAACGUCUCAGAAAUUGCCAGGACAUAAUUAUUCAACAUGUACCCGGUUUCAUGAACAUAGCCGAUGUCGGCUCUAGAGGAUGCACUCUGGCUGAAUUAUCCAAAAACGAAGACUGGCAGCGAGGCCCUAGUUGGUUGAAGGAUAAAGAAAAAUGGCCCGUCCAAGACCCACCAAAUGCUCUAGUUGACACCGUGAUCACAAAUGUGACAAUCUCAGACAUGCCUCCAAAUCCCCCUCCAUUCAUUCUUAAUCCAGACAGAUUUUCAAAUUGGAAUACUUUUUUCCGGUCUGCUACUUUGGUUUUUCUUUUUCUUUGCCAAUCAUCGAAAACCUUUGCGCAAAAACUGGCCAAAUUCGAUCCCAGCGCACCCUUUUCCCCCGCAUCUUCCCGCGUCGUUUUUCUCCACCUAUUGUUCAUGGCACAGCAGGCAUGUCCCCCGACCGAGGAAGAAAUAAAAAAUUACGGCCUUAUUUUGGAGAACGGACUUCUUGUUCGAAAAACUCGGCGUUUAAUCGAGGGCACAGAUUCAACAUUCAAUCCCCCAUAUCUCCCCAAAAAUCCCCUUUUGUAA